GGGGAAAGAGUCUGUCUGUUUCUUUCUCUGUCUCUCUCUGUGUCUUUGUCUUUCCCUUUCUCUUUCUCCCUCCCUCCCUCCUUUACUCUGGCGUAAAGACGGCGAUAGAGAAUCGCUCUUUCUCUCUCUCGCUUUUCGGGUCGUCAUCUUCCCGGCGAUUGAUUUGUUCACUAGUUCCUCGAUCGGUGGAUCCAUCUGUGGAUUGAUUGAUGGAUUGAAUGACUUAUUGAUAGGUCGAUCGAAUGACUGACUGUUGUCCUGAUUUGCUCAUUGAUUGAUCGAUCGAUCGAUCGAUCGAUUGAUUGAUUGAUUGAUUGAUUCAUUCAUUCAUUCAUUCAUUCAUUCAUUGAUUGGUAUAUUGAUUGAUGUAUUGAUUGGUUGACUAAUUGGUUGAUUAACAUACUGAUUGAUUGAUUGAUUGGUAUAUUGAUUGAUGUAUUGAUUGGUCGACUAAUUGAUUGAUUAACAUACUGAUUGAUUGAUUGAUUGAAUGAACGAUGGCUUCGCAAUCUUAUCAACGGAUGCCGACAGUGCAUAUCCGUAGCUGUGACGACGAGGUAAUGAAGUUUGUGCUACAGAACACAGACACGAGUAUCGCCAACGCUUUGCGUCGUGUUAUCAUCGCCGAGGUUCCAACGAUAGCUAUCGAUCUGGUCGAGAUUGAAAGUAACUCCUCCGUUCUCAACGAUGAGUUCAUCGCUCACAGAUUAGGGUUGAUUCCGCUAACGAGCGAGCGCGCCGUGGAGAUGAAGUAUGCGCGCGACUGCGAUGCUUGUGACGGCGAUGGCCGUUGCGACUUCUGUUCGAUCGAGUUCACGCUUCACGUCAAGUGCACAAGUGACCAGACCUUGGAUGUAACAAGUGCAGAUCUGAUCACUUCUGAUCCGACGGUUCAACCGGCUGAUUGCGUUAAUCGUGGGGACAAGGGCGACUACUCUUCCGAUCAGAGGCCUAUACUUAUUGUCAAACUGAGGAGAAACCAGGAGUUGAAGCUGCGGGCGAUUGCUCGAAAAGGAAUCGGGAAAGAUCAUGCGAAAUGGUCGCCGGCGGCAACAGUCACGUUCCUCUUCGAGCCGGAGAUUCACAUCAAUCAGCCGCUCAUGGAUACUCUCACGGAUGACGAGAAGGAAAUCUGGGUCAACAGUAGUCCGACAAAAGUCUUCGGGAUCGAUCCAGUAACAAGACAGGUCCAAGUGGUUAAUAAUGAAGCCUACACGUAUGACCAGGAGGUGAUCAAACAAGCUGAGGCUAUGGGGAAGCCAGGGUUGGUGGAAAUUAUUUCUAGAGAGGACAGCUUCAUCUUCACGAUAGAGUCGACGGGGGCACUUAAACCUUCAGCCAUGGUUUUUGCCGCAAUCGAUGUCUUGAAGCAGAAGCUCGACACCGUCAGAUCUGCAUUCGCCGACACGGAUAUACAAGAUAGCGAAUUCAGAGACCUCACUGGACAUCUGACGCACUCGUAAAUUCUCCUGUUGUUUUUUUAUCAUUUUCCGUUUGAUCGUUUACAUGAACCCUGGUUCGAACAUGCGGUUAGAUACCCUUUUUUUUUUUUUUUUUUUUUUUUUUUUUUUUUUUUUUUUUUUUUUUUUUUUUUUUUUUUUUUUUUUUUUUUUUUUGGCGGUUAGACUCUUGAUUUCAGCGUCAACUAGCUUAUGUGAUAUGGCACCCUCGGUUAUUGUCCACGUGGCGCGGAACAUGAACGAGCACGUCGAUGUGGUGAGAGACCAACCCCUUUGAGAUGCCUCUAUAUCUGUGCGUCUGCCCAACCAAUAGACAGGCGCCAGGGGUAGGGUUAUGGCGGUACGCUACUGGGAGGCGCUUGUAGCGGUACCUGAAACUCUGGUUAAAAAAAAAAAAGAUGCUUCUAUCUGGUAUGUCAAUCCCACCAGUUCCUCAUCUUCUGCACAAGGAGCUCUUUGUUUUUUUUUGUUUUUUUUUUUUGGCACAAAGGAGCUUUUGUUGAUGCAAUGAGUUCAUUUGAUUCGGAUGCGGCAGAAGUGUGAGGUGAUUGGAGUAUCAGGGAUCUGUUCGGUGUGGGCCACAACGAGGGCUUGGAAUGUUGCGGAGGGGCUUGGUGGGGCAAUUUAAAAUGGGGGUCUUUGGCCUGGCCUUUGCUGUGAUUUUGUUGCUGUCGCAGGUAUCGGCUGGGUGUAUCAGAGAGGGGGGCUUGCUGGGCAGUGGGCACAUCAAUGGGGGUCAUUUGCCCGAACUUCGCUGUGCUGUUGUUGCUGUGGUGGGUUUCUUCGGCUGACUGUUGCUUUGUCAGGGUUUAAGUCUUUGUGGCUGUAUGGUAGGUAGGGUAGCUGAUAAGGCUUUGUGGCCCUGUUGUCACAAAGUUGUAGAGAAUGCGGUCUUUUUUUGGUAAUUGGGGCUCUACCAAAGCUUCUCUUCAGGGCCCACGUAGCACCCACAUAGUGAAGAAGCCAGAAGAAAAGUAGGGAAGCUGAUGAGUCUUUUUUCAAGGCCUUGUUCCCAGGAAGUCGUACAGAAUGAGUGAGCGCUUUUCUAUAAUCGGUUGAGUAGUUUUGACGAGGCUGGUGUCAUGAAGGACGCAGACGCAGUAGUGGGCGGUUUGUCCACUAGGCAUGUAGGGGGCUCCUCUAGCAGCAUCAUGUGUUUCACUAGCAGAAACCUUUGGAGAGUCAUGUCAGAGCUGUUUCUUGGAACCUUCUUGGCAGUUUCUUGGCACUUUCUCCAACUUUCUCCAACUUUCUUGUGUAUUAUUAGGCGUUGAGACAAAAAUUGUAUUUGCAAGGUGGCGUCUUUGAAUAGAUGGGCUUGGUUUGGUACCAGAGAGCAGAGUUUUGUGAAGUCUUGUUUCGAGCCCGCGCCGUUGGGCUGUGUCCGCCUGCAUCGUCAGGCUACCACCAAGGGCUAUGUCCUGUCACGUUCUGGAGUGACAAUUUGUUCGCUGGUCCGAGACUCCCGAGUCUUCUUCGGACAAUUUGUGACAAAUUGUUUGUUUGUACCCCGUAAUGGGUAAAUUGCGCUUACUC